CAAUACACUGGCAGCGUAAGGUACAUUGACUCGGGAUAGCCCUUCCCUUCAAGUAAGCCCUCGACAUCCAGGUUACUUCCAGUUUACACCUGUAGCCAAAGCAGCUUAAAUAAUGGCUCCCAGUUGUAUGGCUCGGCUGAAGGUGAGCUGACAUAAUCAGCUCUAUCAAACGCGCGCACUUGGAAGGUUGGCUAGGUCGGGGGAAGAACUGGGGCACAAUCUCGGAGUGGGCGUCAUCUCUUUCUGUGGAUAGUACUGAACGUCCCGACACAGGCCAGCAUACCAGGCUGGGUAUCACCCACCUUCUUCCCUGAAGCUGGAACAUACAGGCUAAGAUAGCUGCACUAUACCGGUAUCCUGAUGUCGUCGUAUGGUGAGACUGUGGAGGAGAUGUCUCCGAGGGUCAGCACGCAGGUAAAGAAGGAACUGACAAAAGGCCCCGACACUAAAAACUAUGUCCUACCGAGUAUAACUGUACGGCGCAGUCCAAUGAAGGACUCCAUGCUGCUGUAUUCCGAUCACAUGCACAAACUGACGCUGGAGAAAAAGGGAAGUAAGUAUCACCUGACGCCACGUGAAGAUCACGCGCACUUCGCUCCCCAGAAUGUACACGUCUCCAGCAGUCGACGGAAGGCGUUGUCAUUGAAUGAUUUGAUAGACAGACGGAAGAAAACACUCCACGACAAAAGAGGUAAACCUAAAUCAGCUCGAACACUUCCCAAACGAAGACUGAAACAUCUAGCACCAAGGAAUCUUCGAAUAAGCUUUGUCAGUGCAUCUGAUCUCCAUGAAAUCAUAGAUUACAGUCUUACUUGUAAGGGAUCACUGUGGGAAGAUGACAAAUCAUUAAAAUGUGUGCCGCGAGGGAUUCCCGCAGACAAAAUAGAGUAUAAUGAUGCAUCAGAUAAUUCAGGAAGACCUAGCGACUGUGAGAAAUCUUCUUUAGGUGAAGACACUAAUCAGAUUUCCGCUCAUUUGGACGGCAGCGCUCCAUUAGUCGGCGAUCCUCCGCUACAGUCGCAUAAAGUCAACAAUGUCACUGACCUUGCGAAAGCGGAGACUAUUUUGUCCUCAAGUGUGAAACGACACACAAGAAGCUUCGCCAGAUAUCGACCUCGGCGGGCUAAACGCAUGCACCUACAAAGUCCCGACCUAGGCGUAAUUCCAGAAGGGGAUGGUUUCGGUGCUGGCGAGAUACUUGAUGAACACUUUACCUUCAACCAAGAAACCCAUCCUUCAAUGGCAUCAUUGAAAGCCAUAAAAAAGUCAAAAGCAAAACGAAAUGAUGUAUUUGUUUUACCGCCUCUAAAUAUUAGCCAUGCACCUGACGCACGUGCGAGACAUACUAAUUUCAAUGUAACCCAGUUUCCACCAAACGUUAAGCAUGUGGAGUCUGAAGACAAAGACGCUCUGGUCACUCCACCCAUUGACAAGAAAUAUGUUCUCAUUCCACCCGAGAAGUUGCGAUGUGCGCCAGUUCUGAAAGGGCGCCAGACUUCUGAUAAGCGGGACGUCCCCGUGGAGUCCACGAGCUCAAGCACACACAGUGACGACAAACUUCAAACAACCAAAACAAGUCAAGGGCCCAUAAAAACAUGCAAAAGCUUGUUUUUCUAAGAGAUUACCCUCACAAGCAUUAUCAUCGAGAC